AAACCUGAGAGAAUUCUCCACAACUUUAUUUGUUCUUUUUUUCUCACCUAUUCUCACUUCUGCUCUCUCUUCCUCUUUUCUUUUCCCUGACCCCUAUCCUGCAGCUCAAGGUAACUUAGAGCAGGAAGUUGGCUGUCGGUAAAAGUGGGUUGGGUGAAGGAAAUGGGAGGAGCGGGGGACAUGUCGUAGUUGAUUGGUGUGAGCAUGUGAGUGUUACCCAAUGGUGUAGGAAGACCUUGUCUUUUAUUGGGUGCAAGUGUGGGAGAGAGGUGGGCUCACAGUGGGAGGUGGGGCUUGAGUAUCAUGUAGCAUGCUAGAUUGAUUACUCUUGAAUGUUAAAGGGGAAGGAGGCUAGAGAUUUUAGUCUGUGAGUCGGGAGUUGUCGCUCCACUGUUUGCCUGCUGUUGAGCUGUUACCUGCUGCUGUGCUGUCUUUCUGUUCUCCCCCACCCACUUCAUUGCACUGGGCCAGGGGUCAACUCAAAGCUAAAUGCACAGGUCACUGGUUAGAAAGAGGAACAGGGGUUACAAGAGUGAAAAAGACAGAGGUCAGUGAGUUGAGGGACUUUCUCUGAAGAGAAACAGAAGAGCCAGGGCUAGAUGUUUGUGCAGGAGGAGGUGGAGGAGGAAGAGGACACUGGGGGCUGCCGAAGGGCAGUGUGUGAAAGGAAAGAAGGGGGAGGGGCAGAGAGGGGGUUCUCUUCCCUGUAUUUGGGGUUGAGAACCUCUUACUGUUGUCCAGUGUGUCCAGAGAGCUUUUGUUUUUGGUCCAGUGAUAUGAUCAGUGGACUGUAGGAAGUAGAGAAGCUUGAGAGAGUUUCUGUCCACCUCUGUGCCUCUUCCUGCUGCUGCUGCUACUUUCAAGGAGACCUGGAGAAGGCUGUCUGUCACCCUGUGUUCUACUCUGGCCACACAGGGUAGACCAUUCAACAUGAAGGGCACAGGGCAGAGUAGAAAAUGUCAGCAGAUGCUUUCGGUGCCGGGGGCAGCGAUGCUCAGCAAACCCUGCAGUCUUUCUGGCCGCGCGUCAUGGAGGAGAUCAGGAACCUCACUCCGAAGGACUUUCGUGUGCAGGAGCUGCCGCUUGCUCGAAUCAAGAAAAUCAUGAAGCUGGAUGAGGAUGUCAAAAUGAUCAGUGCAGAGGCUCCAGUCCUGUUUGCCAAGGCAGCUCAGAUCUUCAUCACAGAGCUCACACUCCGAGCCUGGAUCCACACCGAGGACAACAAGAGACGCACACUGCAGAGGAAUGACAUCGCCAUGGCAAUAACAAAGUUUGACCAGUUCGACUUCCUGAUCGACAUCGUGCCCCGGGACGACCUGAAGCCUCCAAAACGUCAGGAGGAGAUGCGUCAGACAGUAGCUCCGGCCGAGCCGGUGCAGUACUACUUCACUUUGGCCCAGCAGCCCGGAACCGUGCAGGUGCAGGGAGCUCAACAAGGCCAGCAGCCCGGUGCGCAGACGGCCACGACCAUCCAGCCGGGACAGAUCAUCAUAGCGCAGCCUCAGCAGGGACAGAUGCUGCAAGGUGCCACCAUGCAGCAGCUACAGCAAGUGCAGGUGCAAUCACAGGGCACACCCAUCACGAGCGCCCCCGUGGCCAUGCAGGUGGGUGAAGGCCAACAGGUACAGAUCGUCCAGGCAGCUCAGGGUCAGGCAACGGCAGCUCAAGCCCAGGGCCAAACCAUGCAGGUCAUGCAGCAGAUCAUCACCAAUACUGGAGAGAUCCAGCAAAUUCCGCUUCAAUACAUCCGUCUCGCCCAGCCCGUAUCUGGAGCACAGGUGGUCCAAGGGCAGAUUCAGACUCUUGCUAACACCCAGCAGAUAACACAGGCAGAGGUACAACAAGGACAGUUUAACCAGUUCACCGAUGGACAGCAGUUGUAUCAGAUUCAGCAGGUAACAAUGCCAGCAGGACAGGAGCUGACACAACCCAUGUUCAUUCAGUCCACCAACCAGACAGCUGAUGCAACGGCCACACAGGUCAGCACUGACUGAGCCCCAGCCUGGAACUCUCACGUCACACGAACAACCCAAACACCAGCCCGUGUGACGCCACCACAAGGACGUCCUGAUUUCUUUGAUUUCAAGAAAUGAUCUCGUAGAUGGCUCUUCUUUUUUGUAUUUAAAAAAAAAAGUAUACCAAAUUUGGUACACUCAAUGUGAAACCAAAGGUUCAGAAUAACUCAUUCACAAUCACAUGCUUAGCAUAAAUCUUCACAUUCUUUCUUCUUCUUCUACCUGAACUGGAGAAAAAAAAAGAUGCAUUUAAUGCCAUGUUCAACCUGAUCAGACAGAACUGUUUUAAAACAAAAACAACAAAACAGCGCGAGCUGUGGUAAUUGGAAAUAAAAGGGUGGUCUGUGUACGUUAUCUGGUCAGGGCAAAUGAAGCGACGUCGUGGUGUUUUUCAUCUUCUCCCUUUGCUCCUGGUCAUGAUUUGUAUCUUCUUGAUAGUUUGUCAUGUAAAUGCUGAAAGAAAUGAAAGUCAUAUACCUCAACAUAUACCCACCUCCUACAGUCACUUGGUGAGAACGUCUAAGGUUAUUGAUAAUUUCAUGUCUUCUGUUUUUUGUCCUACACAACAAUGAAUCAUGUCUUUCCUUCUUGUAAGGGCUUCAACUUGUUCAUAUACAAUGUGAAUCUGAUGGUGUGUUUGUGUUAAGUCACCUUUUUUCAUUUUCUGAACACAUAUUUCUCUAAUGCAGAGAAGAUUUUUCUUCUUUUUUCCACCCUAAUAUUCUCAAACUUUCUGAGCUGCCUGAGUGAUAUUGUCGUCUUGUGCCCGGGUUUAAGUCUCAUUAAUAAACACUUGACUUCAUAUGGAGGAAAAACAACAAACACUUUUUAUACACUUUUUUUUAUUUGGUUUUGAAUAUGAUGUAUGACCUAAUAUCUUCCCCUGUGUUUUUUUUCUGUACAGUAAUGAUUGUUGUCAGUGUUCUUAUUGUUUUUGCAUGUACAUUAGUUCCAACUGCCAGCAUAACAUGCAAUAGAUAGGUACAGUUUUUUAAUUAUUUUUUUCGAUGUUCCUUUUGUAAACAAAUUUCAUUUGUGGAAGAAAAAUAAAAAAAAAACACUUGUCCUAGACUUGGGUUUUAAAGUCUUCU